GUCAGGCUGAGGAGAGGCAGGAGGAGAAUAAAGUGAACACUUGGGAGGUGAAGAUGGGAGGAAUGGCUUGAAGACUUGCUCUGAAAGUAUCGGUGAACCCAAAGCUGCUGGAUUAAUCCCACAAUUGAUCCUUUUUUAAUCGCUGUGUGCUACUGGACACCAGCAUCACAAUGGGCAAUGAGAACAGCAGUGCAGAAAACCAGAGUGCUCCACAAGAUUCAGAGCUGAGCCAACCUCCAGGUAGUGGGCACAGUCUGAAGAGCCCUCAGGAAAAGAGCACAGGAAGAUCUGGAGGUCAGGACAUCUCGGAUCUUCUCCCUGCUGCUCUGUGUCUGGCUGAGAGCUCAUCCCCAUCGAUUCCAGGACCUGCAAGCAUCAGUAGCUCCAGUGCUGAAGAUUUAUCAAAUCUCAAUUCAAGCGCGGUGUCUUCAGGACAGAACAUGAUCUCACAAGAGCAAGGAGGACAAACAGGCUCUAAUUUAUUAACGCAGGCUGCAGAAGCCGGAGACAGAAGUCUGCCUGCUCCGAUGCCUUUAGCAGGCUGUGCUGAAGAACAUCUCUCAGCAGCCCUUGCAAGCAGCAGUGACAAACUGCCAGCCUUGGAUCGCAAGGAAGCGGUGCCAUCGGCAGGUCCAGUGCACGACACAGAGGGAAGAGCACGUGCUGCCUCUGCGGACAGAGGCCCAGAGUGGGACAACGCUGCUGCUGCUUCUAUAAAAACCAGUGACAACGAUCCUAGAAGCCCAAGCCCGGAGCCCAGCACUCCCUCAGCAAUUAGAGGAGAGCAAAGAGUCGCACAAAUGAGUUUGAGUGAAUUAGGAUUGGUCUGGCAGAGCGAACAGCUGGGUGGCAUGAGGGAACCACAUGCCGACACGUUCCCCCAGGGCAGAGAAACAGGAGAUUAUUUUACUGCGCAGGGGGCCAAGCAGGAGCGAGGAGGUUUGGAAGUAGGUCAGGCACAGGCUGUAACACAGCAAGGUAGACGGAGCCCAGAUGGUGGGGAGGGUCUGCUAAUGAAAAAAGAAACCUUAAUCAUAAACUAUCCAGCAACAGGAGGCUCAGACAGUGAAAAACUUGGAACAAUGGUGAACACUCGGGGCUUCCCUGAGACCAGUGAGGUCUGUAACCCACAGAUGGGGGCUGUAACAGCAGCUGAAGGGAACGAGGCAAAGCCACCUCUAUCUGGAAGCAAAGGGGAAUGCUCAGAACUCUGUAAUUUAAUGUCAGAGUUGCCUUCUAACCCUCCAAAUCUCUUCCUGGUACCAAAGCCUGAAGAGCCUUUGAGGGAAUAUGCGCCUGGAAAUAACUCUCAAGAUCCAAUAAGGAAUGAAGUGAUGAAAACAGCCUCUGAAAAAAAUGAACCCAGUUUUCAAAGAGAGCUUCAAAAGGAAGAUGAGCUUGUUAGUGCCGAGCAUUUCAGUGUGCCUUUAUCAGUUAAGCGAGAGGAAGAACAAAAAUCGGCUGUCACAACUGAGAGCCCAAAAGAUGAAGCCGGUAGCGAUGAACGGAUAAAAGCUGGUGAUGUGCCUGGAGAAGGCACCACGUGUUCUGAAACAGAAAGCAUUAUCAAUCCCACCAAGGAAAGUUCCCUGGCAGAUAAAAGGUUAUUACUGGAAGAAUAUGCAUUAAGUACUUCUCUGAGAGGAUCCACAGAGUGGAAUCAAAAAGAAACGGAGGCGAAUGAAGUGGGAGAGAAAACCAAACUUGGAACAGAGGAGGCACGAGUGACUGAAACCAGUGAAUCACCGGAAGGGUCAAGGAGGGCAGAGAGACAACAGUUGACCUCUGUUAGCCACCACCAGCAUGGGGAAAAUACCAACGGGGGACACAGUCCUGAAGAACUCGGCCUUUAUGAAAAGACUUCAAUGGGUGACCUGAAGGAAGCAGCCUGGGGAAUGAAUUCAGACAGUGAUUUUAAAUCGCCCAAAGAUAAUUCACUCUCUCUUAGUUGUAAACCAGAACAACAAAUGAAUAAAGAGGAAGACACUGCCAAAGAUGACCUGGCUUUGCUGAUGUCUCCGAGGGAAGAACGCCUACUGAGUUCCGAUUGCUUUAACACUGAUGCAGAAGACAAAACUUCAGGCCAGCCGGGCUGUGAUGGGACUGAAAAGGUUUGUUUAGCCAGUGCACACAGUUUACCGCUCCUCCACUCCAAGAACAAUAACACUGAGCAGAAUAAGCAGGGCGAGUCUUGGGAAGGGGCUUUUGCUAGAGAAACUGUGCUAAAAUCUGAAAGCAAAACUGCGAGUCAAGAAAAGGCAGAGAGCUGCGGCAAGGCAGAAGAGAGUGCGAAAACGUCCAAAUCAAAACUUGAGCUCCAGGGCUUAAAUGAGUUGGCAGAGACUGUGGAUCGCGUGGCUGUACAAACUGAGGAGGCCUCGCGGGGUUUGGAAACCAAAGAAGUGAACAGUCCCAUCACGGAAGGGCCUCGCAGCGAUCCAGAGCGAGGACCUGCAGCUGCGCAAAGCGGUGCAGUGGAUGGGAAGGAAAAUGGGGGUUUCCAACAAAGAGAGCACCAAACUGCGGUGGGAAGCUUUGUGGAGGACAAGGAUUUGGCACUGAAGAGUGAAUGCGGAUCGGCUGUGCUGGUGCAAGCUCAGCUGGAGCAAGGGGCUGCAGAAAGUCCCAGGCACACGCAGAUGGCUUGUUUGGAAACCUCCCCAGCUGUAGCUGGGACUUCGGGACUCGCUCCUCGGCAAGUUGAGGUGGAAGAUGGGGGUGACGGCCACGUCAGUGAAAACAAUUGCCCCUCGGAGAGUGCCAUGUACAGCUCUUUGGAGACCUCAGAGUGCAGCAUCAGGGACCUGCAAGAAGAUGCAGAUAUUCCAGCCACUCUUCCCCAGGCAGAGCAAACAGAGAAAACCGUGCCUGCUGCUGGUGGCAGUGGCUGGAUUUCCAAACCAGACCUUGAACAGCAGCGGCAGCAAAGCAGUCCGACAACUGUCACUGGAGCAGAUGAUCAGGAGCACAAAGAAAGGGCUCUAAAACUUGAACAGCCAUUGGACCUAAAUAAUCACAGCGACAUACCAGGAAUGCCUCUAAACAUUUCCAACAACCUCGGUAAAGAAUCUUCUGUGCAAGGUCCCGCACUGACCCAAUGCAGCUCUGAUGCCGUAAGAGAAAAGGGUGAGGAUAAAAGCUGUGCUGUGGUGUUGGAGGAUGUGUGCAGCGGCCAACAGGGGCAAAACAUUGCUGGUGUGACCACGCUUCAUUUGCAGGAUUGCAAAAAGCAAAACAACACUGAUCUCAAGGCAGAAGAGAACUGCCGCGGUAAGCAAAACCCAAACAUGCCUGAGCAGGAUAAUAAUUCUUUGAUCUCAGCUAGUCAGCAUGAAGCAGCGUGUCAGAGCGAUACGUGCUCUAAAGAAUCUGACAAGACCGAGCAGCCAGGCAGCGUAUGCAGGAUAAAGGAUAAUGCUGGUGAGAGCCGUGCUGUGGCUAUAAACGCUCGUCUGGGGACACAGAACUCGGCAAGUGCCACUAACACAUCGCAGGCUGUGCCAAGCAAUACAGAAAUAGCACAUACUUCUGAUAAUCCUGAGAAAAACGAUCCCCAAACAUCUCCUCCAGAAACUCCAGGGAAAAGGCCAUUAAUGGCAAAAAGCUCUGACGAGAUUGAAGGUCUGGCUGCUGCUGAGGGAAUCGUCCAGAAAGAUGGGAACGGGGAGAUAAGUUGUGGGGACACGGCUUCUGCUGCAGGGACAAGCAGUUUGGAGGCUGAUAGAAGCCCAGGGGCACAAGGAUCUCCCUCACCAUUACAGGCACAGGGGGAGGUAAUUCCCACAGAGCUGUGUAAUUCCAGCUGUGUUCUGACAUCAGAGGAGCCUGGUGAAGGCCAAGCAAACUCCACAGCCCUCUCCACUGGCACCUCUGCUCCCAGCCAACAGCCGGGGAACAGUGCGGACAGUGGUACCGGUGGGGAAUUACCAAAAGAUGAGCUGGAAGCUGUGGCACACCAAAACCCCUUAGAAAGUACCUCUGAUUUGGUGAUUGCUGCAGGUUCUCAGGUGCCUGAGCAUUUAGGCCCUUCCCUCAGGGCAAGCACAGGUCAACCAGCGAGCUUGGAAAACACCUCUGUAGGGAGCGUGCGUGUGAAUGAGAAAGGUGCUCCGGACCACAGUGUUCAGGGGGAUGGAGACAGGAGUUCAGUCCUGGCGGAGACUCUAAAUGUGGGGCAGAGUAGUGGAAACCCAUCACAGUCCCGUUCUGAGGAGCUGGAGAAAGAGAUAUCUGCAGUUAAAUCCGAAGAAACACAAAAUGAGGUAAACUUCAAAGAAGAGCAGAGUGACAGUUCAGCAGAGCCUGGGCUGGCUCUCCCUGCUCUGGAAGGGGAGCUGCGGAGCCUUUCAUCUGCUGGUAAACAAGAGGGCUCUAAUGGGGAAACUGCAACUGAUAUCUGCGUGGAUGACGGGGGCGGCGAGAUCUUAGAGAAACCUGGGAAUUCAGAGAAAAUGGGAGAGCUUUCAAAAGAGGAUAACAACAUAACCGGGGCAAAGAUCGGUAUUGCCGAGCAGCCUGCAGAGAACUCCGGGCGGGAGCAUGAGGCUCUGACUUGCGGCUCUCUGGAUAUCGGCUCCAGCCUCCCAGACUUCAGGCAACACAUCAGCCAGAUAUUUAAAAAGUCUGUCCACAGCACGCUGAGUGCCGAAUUACCCCAGCUUUUGUCUGAAAAUCAUGCAGACUUCAAGCAGAGCCCGGUGGCCAAGGAUACAGCGGAGUUGUGUGGUGCCGAGAGCUUUCCAGGGUCUAAAAAGACUGGCAGAGGAGCUCCCGAGCGCACCUCGGAAGCAGAGGGACAAGAGUUGUCUUUAGCUACUGGGGCUUCCUGCAAAGCUGUCAAAGGCAAACCUCUGCAACAAGAAAACACGGUGUCAGAGCUGCCACCAGCAGAUCUCCAGGACACUGUGGAAAACAGGCAGCUCAGUGGCUGUUUAGAAGUGGUCCCUGGGCUGGAUGGGGCUACACCAGCUGAAGGCGCUCUGGAAAAGCUGCCAAAGCCAGAGAGAACCCCUGAGCAUCCAGCGAGCAGUGGGAUGGAGAGAAAGGCGGGCGUCUGUGCUGGUGGCGUUGAUCCUGAAUCGCUAAUAAGCUUAGAGAUAAAGAAGCAAGGACAGGCUUCGUUUGAUGGGGCAGCAGCUGAGAACUUCCCUGUGUAUUCCGACAGUAAGCAACAACCCUCUGGAGCUGUUAUCUCCACAGGCGAUGUGCAGGAGCGUGGCUUAGGAGAUGCUGCCACCGCAGAGGGAAAUAACUUAAUUACAGAGCGCAAUGCAGAACCAGCCUCAGCUAAAGAGGAUGUAAGUCUUCCUACUGAACAGUGCCAGGAUCCCGAGGCAAAUGAACAGGAGAAAAGUGAGUACGGUGAUCCAGACGCUGCCAAGAGCAUCUCUGACAUGGCAGCUUCAGCGCUUGUCCCCGGAGGAUCUUACAGUCAUCGAAAAUUGGUGGAGAAUUUUAAUGUGUCACUUGAGGAAAAUCAGGAGAGACCCAUCUGCAGCGAGUUUAUGCAUGAUAUUAAGGCUCCAAAUGACACACACAUGAUCCAGGAUGAUCCAGGAAAUAGGAAAUGCUCGGAAACAUUGGAAAAAUCACAAGAUGCACAGGAAGAAAGGAAAGCAAACAUGCAUGGAUUAAUAGAUUACUUAAAAAAUGAACUAAACCAGGAUGCUGAUUGCUUGGAAGCUGACUCUAAACUAGACUCCAGCAAUAUGAGUGAGGGAGACAUAAAAGAAAACAGUGACAUGGCAUUAGGCACAGCAAACGCUGGUAAGGAGCGAACUGGAGACAUGCCUGGAACAGGUACUGCAGGGAUGUUAGUCACUGGGGAAGGUGCCUCAGCCUUAAACACCAGCACUGAAGAGCAGGAGACGGACCUGUACACAAAUCCCUCUCCAGCUGUGGUGGAGCAGGGGGAGCAUUCUGCAUGUACAGAUCUCGCUGUUGCUGAAAGUCAGCCGAGCGAGAUGGAUUUGGAACAUGAAAGCUUACUUGGGGAUGCCAAAAGCAAACUACCACUGCGUGAAUUCACUGAGCCCGAGAACCCUGACCUCGCUGAACUCCAGGACGUGGCUGUGGCAGCAUUACCUCCAGAAAGAACUACACGGUCUGAUAGCAGCAAAGAAGCUGAUAACCUCUGUUCUGGGGAUGUACCUUUGGCUGCGGGCCCUGGGGAUGGUGUAGAACUCCCUGCUCCAGAAACAGAAGGGUUCGCGAGGGACGAGAAGAGGAGCUCUGACUCUGAAGAAGCGUUUGAGACCCCGGAGUCCACCACACCAGUAAAGGCACCACCUUUGCCCCCGCAGCCUCCCCCCGAAGCGGCUGCAGCAGUUGUAGCAGACGGAGCAGAACAAGAAAUAAACCCCCAGCUGCCCGUGGAAGACACAGGGUUAUGUUCAGAAACCGUACCUGUAACUGAUGUCUCUAACAGCGAGUCAGUUGAAGAAAGCCCUUUCCGUCCCCCUUCCCGUUCUUUUUCCACCGUCUUCGAUGAGGACAAGCCAAUAGCCAGCAGUGGAACUUAUAACUUGGACUUCGAUAACAUUGAGUUGGUUGAUUCUCUCCAUGCCUUAGGACCGAGCUCUCCGGAAUCAAAGAAUCGUGAUCUCAAAGCGAAUGUUCGAAGAAAAUCCACCGAUUCAGUCCCAGUUUCCAAAUCUACGUUGUCUCGCUCUCUUAGCUUGCAGGCAAGUGAUUUUGAUGGAGCAUCUUAUCUUGGGAACAGUGAGACGUUAGCACCGGCAGCAGAUGCGUAUGGUACUGGUUCAAGCAGUGCUUCUAGUACCCUUAAGAGAACAAAGAAAUCCAGACCAGCUUCCUUAAAAAAGAAGCAGCCAGCAAAGAAACCUCUGGAGGCUCCACCAGUGAAGGAAACGCCACAAGAACCAUCUGACCUUGGCCAAGCAGCUUGUGCCCCAGGUGAGGAUAAACCCAUACCUGAUGCCAAGGCUGACUCAGUAAAGCCCAAAUGUACUGAACCUUCUAAAAUCUCUGCUGAGAAACAGGAGGCCCCGUGUGUGCCUGAAGGAUCCUAUCCCUUGGAUUCAGACAGUUUUGAAGGGAUCGGUGGGUUUGCCACUGGAGGCAGCAAAGUUCAGAACUCUCCCCCUGCCAAUAAGAAAACGCUACCUCUUACAACGGCACCAGAGGCUGUGGAGGUGACUCCGCCUGACACGGGAGGACAGGAGGACCCUCCGGUCAAAGGCGUUGCCGUGAGGCUGGAGUUCGAUUAUUCUGAAGAGAAAGGGGUGAGUGAAGACCAGCAGGAGAGUACUCCUCCUCCCAAAAAAGCAGGUAAAAAGCCUGGUGCUAAAAUGCCACUACGGAGGCCAAAGACUAAAAAGUCAGUGGAAAAGCUUGACAAUGCUCCCACCACACCGACCAAGUCACCUGUGGAUCCAAACGAAAUCCCUAUCACAAAAGGCUCGUACACUUUUGAUAUUGACAAGUGGGAUGAUCCUAAUUUUAACCCAUUCUCAUCUAGUACAAAAAUGCAAGAAUCGCCCAAACUGCCUCAGCAAACGUAUACUUUUGAGCCAGACACGUGCGAGGACUCUAUUGACCCUUUCAAGUCUUCUUCCAAGAUAGCCAGCUCACCCUCUAAAUCUCCAGCUUCCUUUGAGAUACCAGCCAGUGCCAAUGAAACAAACGGAACUGAAGGAGACAGUUUGAAUAAACCUGCAAAAAAGAAGAAGACACCACUAAAAACGAUGGUAGAAGAUGUGAUGUCUGUAUGUUCUCUAUUUGAUACAUUUAGGGUGAAAAAAUCACCAAAAAGAUCCCCACUAUCUGAUCCUCCUUCGCAGGAUCCCACUCCACUGCCAACUCCAGAAACACCUCCUGUCAUAUCCACAGUGGUUCAUGCGACAGAUGAGGAGAAGCUGGCAUCGUCUGUGACCAGUCAGAAAUGGACCUGCAUGACUGUGGACCUGAACACAGAUAAGCAGGAUUACCCGCAGCCGUCGGAUCUGUCUACGUUUGUCAAUGAGACAAAGUUCAACUCUCCUACAGAGGAACUGGAAUAUGGCAACUCAUACGAAAUAGAAUAUAUGGAGAAGAUAGGCUCCUCUGUGCCUCAGGAUGAUAGCACCCCAAAGAAACAAUCUUUGUACCUAAUGUUUGAUGCACAGCAGGAGAGCCCGGUCAAAUCGCCUCCCGUCAGGCUGUCGGAUUCCACAACGCCGUGCUCGGGGUCGAGUUUUGAAGACCCUGAAGCCCAGCAGUCAUCUGGAAUGAAGAUACAACAUCCAGCUUCCCGAGUCCUAGCUGCCAGCCAGGAGGCACACUUACAGUCGCCUGACAAGUCAAAGCAGAAAGACCUAGAACCAAUGACCCUCGGAACAACUCCGGAGGCUAUUGAAAUAGCAUCUCCUGAAGACUCCUUUGUCUCUGCUGAUGCUCUUCUCAAUAGGAUAUCUAAGAAAACCUCCCUGUGUGAUCAGCCUGAGUACCUAGAUCCUGACUUAGCCGAAAAGAACCCCCACGUAUUUGCUCAGAAACUUCAGGAGGAGUUAGAGUUUGCUGCCAUGACGAUAGAAGCGCUGAAGUUAGCCAGGCAGAUUACCAUGUCUUCUUUCUGCUCCGAGAGAGAACCUGCUAUCCCAGCAGAUGUUUCCAUCUCUAAAAGUGCGCUGUACUCCCGGAUCGGCACCUCGGAUGCAGAUGGCACCGCGGCUCUUCUCUACCCCCAGCAGGAUUUGGACUCUGCCCUGCGACUCGCCAGAGCAGAGAUUGUGGCCAAGGAAAGAGAAGUGUCUGAGUGGAAAGAGAAAUAUGAAGAAAGCAGAAGGGAAGUGAUGGAGAUGAGGAAAAUAGUUUCAGAAUACGAGAAGACGAUUGCUCAGAUGAUAGAGGAUGAACAGAGAGAGAAAUCUGUCUCCCACCACACCGUUCAGCAGCUGAUAGUGGAGAAGGAGCAAGCUUUGGCGGAUCUGAACUCAGUAGAGAAAUCACUGGCAGAUCUUUUCAGGAGAUAUGAGAAAAUGAAAGAAGUAUUGGAGGGGUUUCGGAAGAAUGAAGAAGUGUUAAAGAAAUGUGCGCAGGAGUACUUAUCACGAGUAAAGAAGGAAGAACAGAGAUACCAAGCACUCAAAAUUCACGCGGAGGAAAAACUGGACAGAGCCAAUGCUGAAAUUGCACAAGUGAGAGGCAAGGCUCAGCAGGAGCAAGCGGCGUACCAGGCCAGCCUUCGCAAAGAGCAGCUGAAAGUGGACGCCUUGGAAAGAACACUGGAACAAAAGAAUAAAGAGAUAGAAGAGUUAACAAAGAUUUGUGAUGAACUGAUUGCCAAAAUGGGGAAAAGCUAACUUUUAACCAAAUCUCUGGACUUGGCUUCCGAGUGCAAUAUGACCGUUGGCACACUGAUGUCCAUGCGUUUAUGUGGACAGGUUAUAUUUUCACUUUUUCGUAUGCACUACUGUAUUUUCUUUCUAAAUAAAGUUGAUUUAAUUGUAUGCAGUACGAAGAUGACUAUCAGAAUUUCUUGCUAUUGUUUGCAUUUUCAUAGUAUAAUUCAUAGCAAGUUGAUCUCAAAGUUCCUGUAUCAGGGAGAUUGUCAAGUUCUCGAAGAAAUUACAAAUUGCUGAUCCUAGCCUUCCCUUUGUACAUGAGUUCCCAUGUUGGAUGUCUUUUGGAUUUAAUAUAAACGUGUAUUACUUGCAUGGGGACUCUUGCCUUAAGGAGUGUAAACUUUAUCUGCAUUUGCUGAUUUGUAAUAUAAGAUAUAAAAGGAAAAAAAAAGGAAAAUGCAUGUCACUGAAAUGAAAUUCUCUAUUGUAAA